AUGGAGUUCGUUACGCUUAGGAGCAUAAAGUCUGUGGAAGUCUCAGUUCAUUGGAACUCAUCACAUGCAUCAGCUGCUUCAGACUUAACAAAAUCUGCAGAAUUUACCAUAACAGACGACUCUAGAGAUGAUUAUCAGUAUGAAGAGGUUCUGUCCGAUGAUGAAUUUAGUCUUCAGGAAGAUGAUGAGGAUCUCUCAAAGGCUUUGCAGACUAUUCAAGAGCAGGCUGAAGAUGCUCAAAUUUUAGCUUUGCAAUCAGUUCUGACUUCCGAGAAAUCAGUAUCUGAAAUACCUGAAGCAAUGGAUGACUUCUUCUGCAAUUUCCUGGUCAGAUUGGGAAUGUCCAGAACCCUUGACUGCUUCCAAACUGAAUGGUAUGAACUUGUACAGAGAGGUGUGUUCACAGCCGAAGACAUUGGAUUGGUUCCAACUGUGUAUACCCGCAACCAGCAACUUGAGGCUGAGAAUAUGAGUUUGAGGAAAGAUUUGGAAAACUAUAAACUUGCUGCGAACAAAGCAAAAGAGGCUUUCCUAAAAAUGCAGAAAGAACGUGACUUCCAUCGAAUGCAUCAUAAGCGAGUGGUCCAGGAGAAAAACAGGCUUAUUUGUGAUAUUAAAAGGCUGAAGGCACAUUAUGCAUCGUAUGAACCAGUGCUGAAGCAGUUGACUGAAAAAUACCAGGCUACACUGAGACAGAAAAUGUUAACUAGUUUGGAGAGAGACAGAGCAGUUGGGCAGGUUACAGGUUUGCAAGCCACAUUACAAAAUUUAGAGUCUGAACAUGCUAUUCAGAUUCCUGUGACAAAAGCAGGCCACAAAUGUCAAAGGAAGAAAGUAUUGGAAGGUCCCACCCAGAAAGCUCUUCAGGAAGCCAGGCAGCAAAAAAUCCUUGAUACUGAAUGCUCUUCAUAUGAUCCAGUCAAAGAUCCAGAGAGGAUAGGCAAGAGCUAUCCAAAGGAUUCAGAGUUCCCUGUUGAUACUGUCAACUCAUACCAUGUGCAUGCAAAAGAAGAUACUCAACUCCUGAAAUCUGGAGAGUAUAAACUGAGCAACAUUUUAAAAGGGAAUGACUUAGCUGUGAGCUGCUUGGCUUUACAUCCCCCAAAAGACACUGUAGUCACUGUCAGUGAUGACCACCUCUGGAAAAUGUGGGCUUUACCUGAUGGGAACAUCAUCAUGACAGGUGAAGGUCACACUGAUUGGCUUUCGGGCUGCUGCUUCCAUCCAAGUGGCAUCCAGCUGGUCACUUCAAGUGGGGAUACCACAAUGCAGAUAUGGCAUUUUUCAAAACGUGGAUGCAUCCUGACUUUAGGAGGACAUGCCCGUGCUGUACGGGUCUGCUUAUGGCAUUAGAAUCGUAGAAUUAUAGAAUUGUUUAGGUUGGAAAAGACCUUUAAGAUCAUCAAGUCCAACUCAGAUAGAUGCAGGGUAUCUCUUCAUGGGCAUGAAGAAACUGUAAAUAGUGUCUACUAUCUGCCUUACAGUAGUGGUGUCAUAACUCAGAAAUCUGAUAGAUAUAUCUCCUUAGUAAUUGUGAGAAAUGGUCUCCAUGUUUACACGUUCUAUGGUUACCUGCAUUCCUGUAAUCAUGCUACAUUCAACAUGAAUGGUGAUACAAUUGCUUCCUGUGACUCUUCAGGUGUGAUGAAUCUCUGGGAUAUUCGGAAGUUGGUCCCCAUUUUAUCCAUAGAUGCAGGCCCACAUCCUGCCAAACAGGUCGUCUUUGAUCGCUCUGGUCGUAUCGUGGCUCUGGCGAGCAGCGAUGGAUCCGUUCAGGUUCUGGAAGCGGAGCCUGGGCAGCUCUCCAGCCUGCGGGGCCACGGCGGCCAAGCGCAGCGCCUUACCUUUGGUCACAGGGCCGAGCAGCUGCUUUCCGGGGGUGCCGACGGCGCGGGUUGUCUCUGGACCCGAGGACCAGCACGCAGCUUAACGUAA